CGCUCACCGCAGAACAUUUUCUCACACUUUUCACUGUACCGAAGCUGAACUCAACUUGUUGAAAUGUCUGGCAGAGGAAAAGGAGGCAAGGGGCUCGGUAAGGGAGGCGCUAAGCGUCAUCGGAAGGUUCUUCGUGAUAACAUCCAGGGUAUCACAAAGCCCGCUAUCCGUCGCCUGGCUCGCCGUGGUGGUGUCAAGCGUAUCUCUGGCCUUAUCUACGAGGAGACCCGUGGUGUACUGAAGGUUUUCCUGGAGAACGUAAUCCGUGAUGCUGUCACCUACACCGAGCACGCCAAGAGAAAGACCGUGACCGCCAUGGAUGUGGUUUACGCUCUGAAGCGUCAGGGCCGCACUCUGUACGGCUUCGGCGGUUAAAGAUUUGAUCACACCUUCAAACUGAACCCAAAGGCUCUUUUAAGAGCCGCCCAAUUGCUUUACAAAGCCUGUAUCUCAACACAUAUAUUUUCAAGACAUCAACCCCGACUUUAAAAGUGUGAUCCAUAAUUAAGAUUUUUUAGUAACCCAGUAUUCAGUCAGUCAAUUGUAUCAGUUACUACCACGCAUACACUGAAACGCUAAAUUCAUGAUCAGAUUAUUUAAGUAAUCGAAGCGCCAGUCAGGAAGGGAGGU